AUGCUGUUUUAUUCAGGUGUCGACUCCACCACCCGAGCUCGUGACGUUGCUGAUGUUCUGUCAGAACCCAACCUGGAAGAGAGAAUCGUUGGAUGCAAGCCCGUCAGCGAAACAAUGGCAGUUCUCCAAUUGAAGUUGCAUCAGGCAAAAGUUUUCCCUUCAUUACAAGAUUGUCUGGCCAAUUCAGAGGAAGACUGCGAGUCCUUCUUGGAUGACGAAGAAGAUAGUGCGUACGAAAAGCUUACUGCAGAAUUCUUCUUUUUGAGGCGUGAUUUCAAUGCUCAUGUCGGAACAGAUACUGUAAAGUGGAACGAUCUGAUUGGAAAGUACGACUCAACGACCUCAACAAUAGCGGCAUGA